AUGACGCUCGCGCCCGCUGCUUGGCCUGGCGUGUUCCUGGCUCCAGCUGCUGCCUGCGGGUUUAGCCUGGACGCUGCCGCCGGCCUCCGAGGCCCCUCGGUCCUUGGCCGCGGGGCUGCCCGGCCUGCCCGGCCAGCUCGGCCUGGAGGACAGCGGGGAAUGGAAACCAGAGCUCUCAGCUCGGGUUCUUACAGGGGCCGUCACCCCCUCGGGGACAGGAGGGGCGAGCAGCCGCGUCAGCGCUGCGGGAACGCCGGGCACGCGUCUGACGGUGCAGAACCGGAGCCUCCCGCUGCUCCUCGACGCUGGGUGGGCGGAGUCCACGCCCUGUGCAGCUCCCUCGCCCCCGCGCUUGGUGCAACCCCAGCAACUGGGGUGCGUGGGGGUGGCCCGCUCCAGGAUGAGACAGGAGGGAGCACGGGCUGGCACCCGACGUGGCUGGGAGGCUUCCCGCUCCCUUCCCCCAGCCGGCCGCCCUCCUCCACCGCAGGACGGGCGGGCGCGCUGACCGCGAAGGCUGCCCAGGCCUGCGUGCGGCCACCCCUCGGAGCUGCCGGGGACACGUGGACCGCGGCCUCCCCCAGGCCACACCCGUGGCUCAGCCGGGUGCUCGGGGGCAGAGCCCUGAGGCCAGGAACAGCUCCCGGGUCUGGCUCCGCCACUCCUCACCCCGGAGAGCCUUGGGUUUCCGCCCCCGCGCCCCGGCAGCAGGGCUCGGGGUUCGAGGAGGGCCGGACUGUCCUCCGUGUCCCUGGGGCCCGGCUGUCCGCGGGCGGUGAUGGAGGAGCGGGACCAGUGGCAGAUCACUGGCGGGGUGGAAGAGCCGAGGAGGAGGCCAUGCUGCAGCUCGGGACUCGGAAUCACCCUCCUGUCUCGGCCUACCCACGGGCAGGAGGGCCGGCGGGCAGGGCUACUUCCUGUCUGCGGGGAGUGAGGAGGGACAGACAGGUCCCCGAGACCACCCCGAACCCAAGUGAUCUGAACGGAAGCCCUGGGCCGGGCCCUGCCCCUCCUUGAAGCCUCGCCCGGAGGAAGCAAGAACCGGAAGGGGCCACCCUGAGACCCCGCGCCUGCAGCGUCGUCGACGCGGACCGAGCGCCCCGCCCCGAGCCGCCCUGCCAGCUGUGUCCUCCCGGGCGGGCGCACUGCCGUGUCCCUGCUCGGCCUCCCGCCCUCCCUCCCUGUCCGGAUUAGAUUAAAGCCCAGACUUCCGCUCGCCGCUCCCUUCCCGGGCAGAGGAAGUUUUAUCUCUGGAGUGGGCGCAGUAGUCCACAGCCCUCGCGCCCUCCCGCGCUCCGCUGCGCCACCGGGGUCCUGGGAGCACAGGGCACCGCUAGUCUCUGGGACCUGCCAGGGAGUUGGUGUGUGAACGUCGCUGAGCCCGGAGAGGACUCCACCCGGGACGGGGGUUGGACCCAGGGUCUUCGCACUGAGCUACGGCCCAGCCUUUUGUAAAGUUUUACGUUUUCAAACAGGGUCUUGCUAAAUUGCCUAGGCUGAGCUUGAAUGUGAGAUCCUCCUGCCUCAUCCUCUUAGAGUGCUGGGACUAAAGGUGUAUGCUGCCAUGCCAGCUUCGUCCUCCUCCUUUCUCCUUUUAUUAUUAUUAUUAUUCAUUAACUUGGUGGGCUGGGGAUGGAGGCCAGGGCCUCACGCAUGCUAGAAAAGUGCUGUACCACUGAGCUAGGCGGGAGCAUCAAAAGUUCAAAUCCCACCUGGGGUAUUUAGCAAGACCCUGUCCAACCCCACUACCACACACACACACACACACACACACACACACACUCUCUCUCCCCGGUGCAGACCGGUUAUGUCCAGGGCACACGUGCGUCCAGCUCUCACGGAUGGCGCUGAGGCUCAUGUCCCCGCAGACGGGCUGAGGGGACCCGGCCUCUGCUCUGUCACCAGCGCCGGGCCUCUGAGGAGAGGUCAUGGCGGGGCAGCGAGAUCCCCUCCCGCCGCUUGCUCCUGAGCAGACUGCGUGACUGGAGGGGGUUCCCUGCCGGGCUGAGCUCAGAUACUGCCGCUGCUGCUGGGGGCGGCGCUGGGCAGAUCGCCAGGGCUCCCUGGCACCCACCCUGCGCAGACGUCAGCUGAGUGGGCGAACGCAGCCCGGAAUAAACCGGGCCCUCCCUUGCGGGGAGCCAGGCGGGACCAGAGAUGCCGCUCCAAGGGCAGGAAGGGGACAGCACGAGGGGCCCUGGGCCUCCCUGGCGGCCCUCUCCGUGGGGCCUGAGCCCGAGUCUCCUGGAGUGGGGUGGAGCCUGGAGGGUGGGGUCCCUGACCGGCCACCCUCAGCCUCCCGGGUGAGCCCCUCUCAGUGGGAGGUGGAGCCCCCACAGCGCACACCGCCUAGUCCCCGGGCUGGAGGGAACGCGCGGCAGCUGGGUUAAAAGUUCGUUUUUAAACCGGGCAUGGUGGCGCACGCCUGUAAUCCCAGCACUUAGGAGGCCGA